CCCCUGCGGAAGUGACGUGGCCGGCUCUCUGCUUCCUUUCCACGCGGGUGACGGUUGUGGUCUGAGCUCGCGGCCACUGGACUAUGCCCGGUAAACUUCUGUCAGAGGCCGAGAUCGAGUCGGAGGCGUCCAUGGAGACUAUGGAGCAGGCGCGGAAGCACAAGCACAAGAAAGAUAAAAAAGAGAAAUCAAAAGAUGAUAAACCAGAAAAAAAGGCCCAGGUGGAGCCUGAGGAACUUGAUUUCCCUAAGCCCAAGAAGGUGAAGAGAGAGGAGCUUCCUGAAGAAGUCAUUUCUCCAAAGCCCAAGAAGGCCAAGAAGAAAGAGCAGCCCCCAGAGGAUGAAGAAGACUCCUCCCCUAAACCCAAAAAGGCCAAAAAGAGCAAGGAGGGCUCUGUGGAGGAGGCUUCUGGCGAAGUGGUCUGCUCUAAGGCCAAAAAGACCAAAAAAAAAGAAGAGCUUUCUGAGAAGGAAAGCCCCCCACAACCCCUGAAGGCCAAGAAGGAGGAGAGUCGAGUAAAUGGAGGCACGGGAGGAAAAAGGCCAAAGCCCCCGAGGGUGUCAGUAAGUAACGGGCUGCCCCACUCCCAGAGUGCAUCUGAAUCGGAUUCAGAAGAGUCAUCUAGUGAAGAAAGUGAUAGCAAGGAGGAGCAGGAAAAUCAUCUUCAUAAAGGAGUAGGAAGCCAUGCUCUUAGUUCUAAAGGAUUAAAAUCCCAGCCAAAAGCUGGACUGACAGAAGAGUUGGAAGGAGAAGAUGAUGAUGAAGAAGAAGAAGAUGAUGAAGAAGAAGAAGAUGAUGAAGAAGAAGAAGAUGAUGAAGAAGAAGAAGAUGAAGGGUUGGAGAACCCCAAAAAAGCUGAAAAGAAGGAAAAUGAGAAAGCUACAAAAUCUGAAGACACUGAAGAGUUGUCUGAAGAGCAGAAAGAAGGAGCUUUCUCUAAUUUCCCCAUCUCCGAAGAGACGAUUCAACUUCUCAAAGCCCGAGGGGUGAGCUACCUGUUCCCUAUCCAAGCCAAGACGUUUCAUCACGUGUCCAGUGGGAAGGACUUAAUUGCUCAAGCCCGGACAGGGACGGGGAAGACAUUCUCUUUUGCCAUCCCCUUGAUUGAAAAACUUCAGGGAGACUCUCAGCCCCGAGGGAGGGGCCGGCCACCCAAGGUACUGGUGCUGGCCCCGACGAGGGAGCUGUCGAUCCAGGUCGGCAAAGACUUCAGCAACAUCACCAAGAAGCUGACAGUGGCUUGUUUCUAUGGCGGCACGCCCUAUAACGGCCAGAUUGAUCUUAUUCGGAGAGGAAUCGACAUCUUGGUGGGCACUCCGGGUCGCAUCAAAGACCAUUUACAGAGUGGCCGGCUUGACCUCACCAAGGUGCAGCAUGUUGUGCUGGACGAAGUGGACCAGAUGCUGGACAUGGGCUUUGCUGAGCAGGUGGAGGAGAUUUUAACUGUGGCGUAUAAGAAAGAUUCAGAAGACAACCCGCAGACGUUGCUGUUUUCUGCCACUUGUCCUCACUGGGUGUACGAUGUGGCUAAGAAGUACAUGAAAUCGACUUACGAGCAAGUCGACCUCAUUGGGAAGAAGACACAGAAGGCCGCCGUGACCGUGGAGCAUCUGGCCAUCAACUGCCACUGGUCUCAGAGGGCGGCGGUCAUUGGAGACGUCAUCCAGGUGUACAGUGGGAGUCAUGGACGGACCAUCAUUUUCUGUGAGACAAAGAAGGAGGCUCAGGAGCUCUCCUUGAAUGACUCGAUCAAACAGGAUGCCCAGUCAUUACAUGGAGAUAUUCCACAGAAACAAAGGGAAAUUACCCUUCAGGGUUUCCGGAAUGGUAAAUUUGGUGUCUUGGUGGCGACCAAUGUGGCUGCUCGGGGCUUGGACAUCCCCGAGGUGGACCUUGUUAUACAAAGCUCUCCUCCAAAGGACGUGGAGUCCUACAUCCAUCGUUCGGGGCGGACGGGUCGAGCUGGACGGACCGGGGUUUGUAUUUGCUUUUAUCAGAACAAGGAGCAGCACCAGCUGUCACAGGUGGAGCGGCAGGCGGGGAUCACAUUCAAACGUGUGGGUGUUCCCACUGCUUCUGAAAUAAUUAAAGCCUCCAGCAAAGAUGCCAUCAGGUUUUUGGAUUCGGUGCCCCCCAUAGCCAUUAACAACUUCAGGCAGACCGCCCAGAAACUGAUUGAGGAAAAGGGGGCCGUGGAAGCCCUGGCUGCAGCCCUGGCCCACAUCUCAGGGGCGACCACCGUGGAGCAGCGCUCCUUGAUCAACUCCGAUGUGGGCUUUGUGACGAUGGUCUUGCAGUGCUCCAUAGAGAUGCACAACAUUGGCUAUGCCUGGAGAGGACUGAAAGAGCAGCUUGGGGAAGAGAUCGAUGACAAAGUGACCCGGAUGACCUUCCUCAAAGGGAAAAUGGGCGUUUGUUUUGAUGUCCCUGCUGCAGAAGUAAAGUCAUUUCAGGAUCAGUGGCAGGACUCAAGGCGCUGGCAGCUCUCUGUGGCCACCGAGAGACCUGAGCUGGAGCAGCAGCCCGAUACAGGCAGAGGCUUCUCUAAUUUCCGGAACCAGCGGCAGGGAGGUGGUGGUGGCGGCCGCGGUGGUGGCCGAGGCGGUGGCCGAGGCGGAGGUAGUGGCUGGGGUGGCCGGAGUAGUGGUGGCAGUGGCUUCAACAGAAAUGACAAAUUUCAGAACAGAGGCCAGAAGCGAAGUUUUCAAAGAGCGUUUUCUCAGCGUUAAGAAGUGCAAAAGGACAGGUUUAAAUUUGGAGACAGCACUGCACUCCCCAGUGACUUUUACAAACUAUCAGGCCUGCUUCCUGCUUUCCUUCUCAUACUCACCAAACCAGCCAUUGUCAUUUGGUGCAGCUCUCAGCAAGGAAUGGAUAUUCAUUGUGUCAAGGCCAGUCCUGUUCAAAGGAUAUUCACCAUCCUCUAUUUUUUCUGCCACGUCUUCAAAAGCUUUUAUUUGGGAGGGCCUAUCUGUGGAUAUGUUCUUAUUCUAAAUUCAUGUCUGGCUUGCUUUGAAUCAAGUCUCUUUUCUACCCAGACUCUGCCCUUCCUUGGAGUGUCUCUGGGUAUUGUUUUACCUAAGGACAGGCUCCCAGGGUACCCAGACUCAGAGGACCUUUCAUGUGUAGCCAAAGAUUUGUUUUUGCAACCGGUAUUCCCAGUCCACUGCCAGAAGGGAUUCUUUGGGAAGCCAUCAGCUAAGGGUUAAUACUGGUGAGCAUUGGGUUUCUUCUAGAGCCUGGGCCCGGCUGAUGAUGCUGCGGGUCCAAUGUCUGAUGCAGAACAUGAUUUUGGGUGCUCAGGAAAUAAAUCACAGGUAUUCUCAGGGACAUGGAGCCAGUGUCUUGAACCAGGUUCUAUCAGAUCUUCCUUUGUAGAAAGCUCACAAGUUUGACAGAAGGUGUCACAGAAUCUCAGAUGUGAGAAGCUGGGAAGAAAGGCAGGCUUACUACUCCAUUGGGGACAGGAACAUUGUUAUUUAUUUUGGAAAAAUUAGAGAAGAUUCUGGAUUUGCUAAGCAGAUGAAAUCAACUAGCAGAUAACACUUUCAAUUAUGAGAAAAAAUUCCAAACUCCCACCUAAGGAGGUGUAUAAUCCUGGUCAGGGGAUGGGUAAGCAGGUUCUGUUAGUAAUAGGGAAAAUAGCAGGCUGAUUCUUAUUGUGUAGAUUUCUAUAACCCUGUAGUGUUAUAGAAUGUGUACAUUUGCUUUUUGAUGCCACAAACAUUUAUUAAGCACCUUCUGUGUGCUAGGGGUUGUUCUGUAUGAAAGCAAGAAUUCCUGUGAUGUGCAGCAGAAAUGAUUGGUUCAGUACCUGUACUCUUUCUGCUUUGAAAGUCUCUUUGAAGGCUCCAUGGAUGAUCUCAGUCAUAUCCAUUCCUCCCCCAUCAAGGUGUUCCCUGGCUGGGUUCCCAUCCCUCCUCUGGGUUCCUUUGAUGGCCCCCUUACAACCUCUCUAGCCCCUGGGGUACCCCUCCUGCCUGUCGCUGGUGGUGCAGGGCAGUCCAAGCAUUUAUGAGGCCCCUCUUAUGUGCCUGGCUCUGUGCUUCCUGUCUGCCUUUUCUCCCCCAUCCCCACUUUGACCUCAAUCCUCCGGUCAGCCCCACCAGAUUUAGUGGAAGGAGCACUGGGUUUGCAGUCACAAGACCUGGCUUUGAGUUCAGGCCCUGCAGUUUACUAGCUGAGAGACCUUGGGCAAGUUCCUUAAACUGCCCGGGCCCGUUUGCCCAAAUGUGGAGUGUGAGGAGUGGGCCAGAUGCUCUUGGAGGCUGCCACCAUGACCUGUGAUCUCUGCCUGACCUCAGCUGCCCUGGUUAGUGCAGAAACAAUCCAAUGCCCCACUUAGAGAGUGUUCUUGUGGCCAACUGAGUCUCCACUGAGGGACGCUUUAGGAAUCUUUUGAACUCAUUCCCAAUUCUGGUUCUUAGUGCUUUGCUCAGGGGCCGAAGCCCCUUGCUCUGCCCUCCUGUCUUCACAGGAUGCUCCUGGGCAGCCUGGAGGUGCCGCUUUCAUCAGACUGGGCCUGCCCUGGGGUGAAGUAACUCCAAUAAGGUCAUCCUCAAGUAUAUGGCAGCGCCUCCAACUGGAACCUAAGCCUUCUGCCCCCAGUCAACCCUUUUAAGCCCAGGGCUCUCAGCAUUGCACCUUGGUAGGGUGGGGUUUUUACUAGUCAUUCAAGAAGGAAUGACCAUUCCUUCAAUUAAGUGAUUAAUAGCGGGCCAACCUUUGAUCAGCAGCCAACAGCUUUGGAACUAGUGUCCCCUAGCAUUUGGCACAGCAUCCAAGAGACUGGAGGGUAUACAUCAAUGUGCUUUUUUGGUGGGACAAUGAGGGUUAAGUGACUUGCCCAGGGUCACACAGCUAGUAAGUGUCAAGUGUCUGAGGCCAGAUUUGAACUCGGGUACUCCUGAAUCCAGGGCUGGUGCUUUAUCCACUGCGCUUCCUAGCUGCCCUGUCAGUGUGCUUUGAAUCAAGAAUUUCCGUAAAUGAGCAAAAGAAACUUCUAGCUCUGCAUCGAAAAGCUAGUGUGGGGUGCAUUUCUACUUCACAGAAUUAGACUUUCAAGGGAACACGUUAAUAAUCAUAAAAAAAGGCUGGGGGAAAAUGAUUUCCCUGCAACACCAUUCAUCAGUACCUAAAAUAGGCGUUAUAGAGAGGUUGUGUUGGCUGGCCUGGGCACUUCACCAUUCAUAACUGAGUUCCAAAUGGUUUUUACUAAUGAAUUUUUAGAAUACAGUCUGGUCACGAAUGGGGAACUGCCAACAGAUUUUUAAAGGUAAAUAUUUUCUAAGAUACUGUCUUAUGCCUUAAUAAAAACCUAGUUUCCUUAU